AUGGACACUGACAUGGACUACGAAAGACCCAACGUUGAAACUAUCAAGUGUGUGGUGGUUGGAGAUAAUGCAGUGGGAAAGACUCGUCUAAUUUGUGCAAGAGCGUGCAAUACAACCUUGACUCAGUAUCAGCUGCUGGCAACUCACGUACCAACUGUCUGGGCCAUUGAUCAGUACCGUGUCUGCCAAGAGGUCCUUGAACGCUCAAGAGAUGUUGUGGAUGAAGUGAGUGUUUCUCUCAGGCUGUGGGAUACAUUUGGGGACCACCACAAAGACAGACGCUUUGCUUAUGGAAGGUCUGAUGUAGUUGUUCUGUGCUUUUCAAUUGCUAAUCCUAAUUCCCUGAAUCAUGUGAAAACGAUGUGGUAUCAAGAAAUCAAGCACUUCUGUCCUCGCACACCUGUCAUUCUGGUAGGCUGCCAACUAGAUCUCCGCUAUGCAGAUCUUGAAGCUGUUAACAGAGCCAGACGGCCUUUGGCAAGGCCGAUAAGAAGAGGAGACAUUUUGCCACCAGAAAGAGGCAGAGAGGUUGCCAAGGAACUUGGGAUACCGUACUAUGAAACCAGUGUAUUUGACCAGUUUGGGAUUAAAGAUGUGUUUGACAAUGCAAUUAGAGCUGCCCUGAUCUCCAGAAGACACCUACAGUUCUGGAAAUCUCAUUUGAAGAAGGUCCAAAAACCAUUGCUUCAGGCUCCCUUCCUACCUCCAAAAGCCCCUCCUCCGGUUAUCAAAAUUCCUGAGUGUCCCAUACCAAGCAUGAAUGAAGCUGGAUAUUUAUUGGACAACCCACUGUGUGCAGAUGUUAUGUUUGUUCUCCAGGAGCAGGACUACAUUUUUGCUCACAAGAUUUACCUAGCUACCUCCUCUUCAAAGUUUUAUGACCUUUUCUUAAUGGAUUGUGAGGAAAGUCCAGACAUGGAUGAAGCACAGUGUAAUAAAGAAAAUACAAAUAAGGAUGUUCUGACAAGUCACCUUGAGACAAGCGGUGACAGUGAUGAGACAUCCUUGAAAUCUGCUGAUGUUAAAAUUCCCCCACCAGAAAGUACUGACUCUUUAAACAUGCUAGAACCUGAACCUGGUGAAACAAAUUCUGCAGCAAGAUCUCUGUCCUCCUGGGGCAAGGGGUUUGUUAGUGUGCAUAAGGAAAUGCAAGUGAAUCCUGUCUCGAAUAGGACGUGUCCUGUAACUGUGGUAAAAAUGGAUUCAUCUGUGCAGGCUGGACCUUUUAAAACUGUUUUGCAGUUUUUAUACACAGGGCAACUGGAUGAAAAUGAAAAAGAUCUCACAAGACUGGCUCAGAUUGCUGAAAUCUUGGAAGUAUUUGAUUUGCGAAUGAUGGUGGAGAAUAUUAUGAAUAAAGAAGCCUUCAUGAAUCAAGAGAUUACUAAAGCAUUUCAUGUCAGAAAAGCUAAUCGGAUAAAAGAGUGCCUUUGCAAAGGGACAUUUUCUGAUGUGACAUUUAAAUUGGAUGAUGGGGGCAUAAAUGCCCACAAGCCACUGCUGAUCUGUAGCUGUGAAUGGAUGUCUGCUAUGUUUGGAGGAUCAUUUAUUGAAAGCUCAAACAGUGAGGUAGUUCUUCCCAACAUAAACAAGACUUCCAUGCAAGCGGUUUUAGAUUACUUGUAUACCAAGCAGCUGUCCUCCAGUCAGGAACUGGACACACUUGAGUUAAUCGCAUUGGCAAAUAGGUUUUGCCUUCCCCACCUGGUUGCACUAGCAGAACAGCAUGCAGUACAAGAGCUGACAAAAGCCUCCAUGAGCGGCAUUGCAAUAGAUGGAGAAGUACUAUCCUAUUUGGAAUUGGCACAGUUUCACAAUGCUAACCAGCUGGCAGCUUGGUGCUUGCACUACAUCUGCACCAAUUACAACAGUGUUUGCUCCAAAUUCCGCAAGGAAAUCAAAGCUAAAUCUUCAGAUAAUCAAGAAUAUUUUGAGAGGCAUCGCUGGCCACCUGUGUGGUAUUUAAAGGAAGAAGAUCACUACCAGCGAGUUAAAAAAGAAAGAGAAAAGGAAGACGUUGCACUGAAUAAACAUCAUUCAAAGCGGAAGUGGUGCUUCUGGAAUUCCUCUGCUGUAGUUGCCUGAACAAAGCGUAUAAGUGGAAAUCUAUAGCCAGUGUCAGAAGUUAGUCUUAUUGUUAGAAAUAAGAUGUAGUUCAGGUUUUCAGGAAACUUUGUUCCACGUGUGCAUUUAUUAUUGCUAGGGUCAAAAGCACAAGCUCACUGAAAGUGAGCCUGGAACAGCUCCUUGAAGUCAUAUGUAUAUUUUUGGCUAGUAAACAGAUAAUGUCAAGCAUUAUUACAUUUCUUUUUAUACAAAAAAAAUCCAGCGUUAAUAUUUCAAUCUCCAAUUGGGAAAUAUUUUUAUACUCUCUGGUGUAUUUUGUUCAGAUAAAAUUCUGGAUACUGUUUUAUUUUACAGACCACAAAAUAACCAUGUAGCAGCUUUGUAAUUAGAUUUUAACUAUUUUUACUAUGCGAGUACAGUGAAAUAGACAAUCUUCAGUCAUAAGAGACCACUUUUAGAGUAUCUCGUAAAAAGUCAUCUUAGGAAAAGAUCUCGUUGUCUAGUAUAAGUUGUCUUUUUUAAACUAAGUACCGUGCACUGGUAAUAUAAUUAGAUGGUUAUUUCCUAUUUUAAAGUAAAGGGUUAGAAUAAGAUCCAAUAACUGCAAGAUAUAGAGUGCUUGAUCUUUGCUUAGCUGAAUAAUAGGCAGAAUAAUUACCUGUUCAACUGCAGGCAAAUGUAUUUCUAAUAUUUGCCAUGUAAGUGCAAAUAAUUAUGACUAUGUGGGCCAUGUGAAAUCUAGUGAUUCUAAGUAUUCAGAGGUUUUAUAUGUCAAGAUCAAAGAGAAUAUUUCUAAAAUCAUUUAGAAGGGCUUAUUAAUUUAUAUCCUUAUACAAGUAUGGAUCUGAAUACAAGAACCAGUUACACUGCUUGCAUUUGAAUUACUGCAUGGCAGUUACCUUGUUCUGUGGGAUCUUAACCAUGCAGCCAUUCCUCAUGCCGAAUUCCUUUUUGCUUCAGUGCAAGCAGAUGAAAGGGCUGCAAAAACAAGUAGGAGUUAUCUAGUGUUACAGCGUCUUGUAAAUGAAGAAGGGUCUUUACACACAAAAUCACUUCAGUUUCAUCCCAAUUGUUUUAUAGCUUUUCCCAGGUAGAACUCGAAAUGUUAGAUUAUUUUUAGGUAGAUCAUAUAUUUCCCCUGGAGGUAGGGAUUCCCA